AUGGUGAGAGAUGGGGAGAAAUUGGUUUAUCAAAAUAUAGCAGCAUUCAGAAACUCUUCGCGAUUUCUCCCAGUGGAACUUUCACGAGCCAAAUCGAGCAUGACUAUAAUGGGAAAAUAUUACGGGACGCUAGGAAACUGGCAUGUUUCUGAACCGCUAUCAAGUGCUUUAGAACCAAUAUUGCGAUUAAUUUGUCAUCCUAUACUUAAUCAACCAUUCAGAAUCAUGAUGUUUAUGUUGCUGAUGUUGCUGAUGUUACCAGUUAUUUAUUGUGAAAUGACAGAAGAAGCCAAAACACAGAUUUUAACUCUUCAUAACGAGCAUAGAAGUAAACUGGGAGCCACUAAUAUGUUUAAAUUACACUGGGAUGAUAAACUAGCCGAAGCUUCUGAAAUUUGGGCUAAUCGGUGUGUUUAUGAACACAAAGGACGAGGAGAAAAUCUCGCAUGGAACAAACCGCCCAAACCUUUUACAACUGAAGAGUACAUUAAAGACGCUUUCGAUGCCUGGUACGCUGAAAAGAGGGACCAUUCUUACGGAUCUGGUCGCUGUGCUUCUUUUAAUAGUUGCCACUACACACAGCUUGCAUGGCACGACACCACCAAAAUUGGGUGCGCCUACAAAACCUGUCCAUAUUUAACCAAUGCUGCUCGUGGUGCCUGGUGGAUUGUUUGUAAUUACUUACCUUGGGGUAACAAUGGGGGAGAAAAGGUGUUUGAAAUUGGUGGAGAAGCUUGUUCUCAUGAAGAUUGUAAAGAUUUACCUUGUGAAGAUGAUCUGUGUGUAGGAGAAAAGAAAAUGAAAUGUGAAGAUAAGAAUAAAGAUUGUAAGGCGUGGAGUAAGGGUGGACAAUGUAAGAUUAAUGCCAACUUUAUGGAAAGAGAGUGCCAAAAGUCUUGUGGUAUUUGCAAACCUACAGAGGAGCAAAUGGCAGCGGAUAAAGCUGAUUGCGAAGAUAAGAAUGAGAAAUGUGAGAAAUGGUCGAACGAAGACCAGUGUGCUAGGAAUCCUAAUUUCAUGUUGGUCACCUGUCCAAAAUCUUGUCGACAAUGUUAA